GCAUCUCUGCUUCGAUGAUGCUGUCAUCCUCACUGAUUCUUUCUGACGGAUGGACAUGUUUACAGAUGUGCUUCCGAUUGUGUGACUUGUUUCCAGGAAUUUUUAAGCGCGACAGUCAGGUGUCUGAUAGUUUCCAUGCAGACUCCCAUCUCUCUGUAGGUUAAUGCAAUCCAAUUACUUGGAGGGAAAAAUUUUGUUGGCAGCUAAUAAUUUAAAGGUGGUUUGGAAAGAAAUGAGCAGUUCAAGAAAAACCAUGUUACACUGUUAUCCUUAUAUGAACCUUGAGACCAGUGUCUUCUGUGUCCUAAAUAAAGACUGACAAUUCACAUUUAAAUUUAGUUUUUAUCGUGAAUUUUAAAAUAAAUUAAAUUAAUCCAGAAAAGAAAAAAAAUUCCAAAGCUGGCUGAAAUUUUAGGAUAACACAAGAUAUUUUAGUUUACAAUUAACCAUGCAUUCAAUGUGUUGUAGACUGAAGUUGUUCUAUGUUCCCAAAAGAUGCUGGAUGAAAAUCAUCAUUUAAUACAAUGUAUUAUGGAUUACCAAAGCAAAGGAAAGACAUCUGAAUGCACACAGUAUCAGCAGAUCCUGCACAGGAAUCUUGUUUAUUUGGCCACAAUAGCUGAUUCAAAUCAGAACAUGCAGUCUUUACUACCUGCGCCUCCAACUGCCAGUAUGUCCAUGGGUCCUGGAGGGAUGGGUCAGAGUGGGGGCCAUGGUCCAAGCAACCUUAAUGACAGCAUGGCACCAGGACUCCCCCCCACUUCCAUGAUGCAGAGCCAAAUGAGCAAUGGCCCAAGCCAUGCCCCCAUGCAGCAGCAGUCUGGUCUGGUGCAGUCGGCCAUUCCCUCCACCAGCAGCUAUGGUAGCUCGGUCUCUGGCUACAACCACAGUGUGCCCUCCUCCCAGGGCAGCAUGAUCCAGGGCCCUGGGCCUGGUUAUGGUUCUUCCUCCUCUUCUGCCACAUCCCCAUCUUCUUCCUCCUCCUCCCGCAGCAACCUCAACAUGCAGUCCAGCCAAGUCUCAAUGAUGCACCAACAGUCUACCAGUCAACAUUACUCCUCAGCCCAGGCUGGGGGCCAACAUUAUCAGGGACAGCAGCCACUGGGCAUGAUGGGGCAGGGCAGUCAAGGAAACAACAUGAUGUCCCAGAGGCCCAUGGGAUCCUACCGCUCCUCUCAGCAAGGAUCUGCACAGCAGUACAUGGGACAAGACGAGUUCUACGGAGAGCAGUAUGGACACACUCAGAGCUCCAGCGAGCCCAUAAACCAGCAGUAUUACCCUGAUGGUCACGGGGAAUACUCAUAUCAACAGUCAUCAUAUGGUGAACAAGGCUAUGACAGAUCAUUUGAUGAGUCUUCACAGCAUUACUAUGAAGGAGGUAACUCUCAGUACAGUCAGCAGCAGCCACCAUAUCAGCAGAGCUCUGGCCAGCAGCAGCCCUUCAGCCAGCAGCAGUACUCCUCCCAACAAGGUUACAGCGGGCAGCCACAGGGAUACGGCCCUGGCCAGGGAGGCUCAUCGCAGUAUUCUCAGUAUCAACAGGGUCAGAGCCAACAGUAUGGAUCCUAUCGCUCUUCCCAGGGAGGCCCAGGAGCACAAACGCAGAGGCCCUACACCUAUGACCAGGGUCAGUAUGGAAAUUAUCCACAAUAAGGAAUCACACUGUUUACUGUUGGAAGAUGGAGCGGUUCCACAAUAAUGCACUCAGCUGGAUUAGAAGAUCUGGCUGCAUCAGAUUUAUUAUCCUUUCAUUAUCAUCAUUCCAACUAUGAUUACAUGCUCUAGUCAAAUGUUAUUCUUCCUUUCAUGCUACUAGGAUAGUGGAGGAUAUGAAAUGCGACUGGUUACCUGUGAAAAGUCAGAUUACUUACAGAAUCACAACAGAAUCAGUUAAUGUUCCAUAUAAGCUCCUAAAAAUGAGCAGCAGAGGCAUUAGAUCUGCCUCAGCUUCCUGCAGAUGCUCUUCUAUUAACUAUUCUCUAUUGAAUCCCUGACCUUUAUCACUUAUUUAAUUUUACUAGCUUUUUUGAUGUCCUUUUAUCUGGUGUGCAGAGCAGAAUUUCUGUGUUCAAAACAGUGUGGCUCUGAAAAGAAAAUUAGCCUUGAAGGAAAUCUUCCUUGGUAUUUUAUUUCUUUUUUUAUGGAAAGCUUUUGCUUCAAGUCCUAGUUGAGGUACUUUAUCUCAAGAUAGGGGAGAUUAAUUCAGUGAAGAUAAAACUGUUGGUCCUUAAAACCUAGCCUGAUCAGGGGGGUUGUUUGUGUAGGUCAAACUGUGAUGUGUUGCUGUGAGGUCUAACAUUAAAUGUAUUCAUGUUACAUAUGUCUCACUGAGGUAAUAGGCCUGAUAGAUAGCAGACUGAUCAAGAUUAAAAAGUGUGUGUCAUUGUCCAUGAUAAUCUUACAUCGUGGUAGUAUUUCUGACACUAUGUUCUAGUGGCAUUGCUCUUGCAGAGACAUAUAUGUGCAGAGUUAAAAAGUGUCUGGUGCCAUUCACUAGAUUUGUUCCUUUCUUUUUUAUACAUGAAAAUGCAUUGCCACUUUUGUCUGCACUUUAUUUUGCAGUGACAGUUUACGUAUUGUCUGAUAUUUUGUAUUAUUGUGCGAUUCAGACUGUUUAGAAGCGGUCCUCAAAAAGCCAAAGCGAUCCAGGAACAAAAGAGUAACAUGUCCUGCACCUCUACUUCAAAAAGUGCAAUACGCCCAGUCAGUCAUUUUGAAGCUGGUUCUAAUGGUGAACCCACAUUUUAUCAUUAUCUGUAGUGUUUUGACAUGCAGUAUUAGCAAAAGCAGUGGUUGGUUUAUCUCUGCAUAUUCAAAGUCAUGCUGCAGGUUUCCAAGAAUAUUUUCUAUGUAUUUAUGUGACUUACGGAUGACCUGUUUGAAGAUAUUAACAAAGCAUAAUUCUUACUAUUUCUGUUUCUUUUUCAUGAAAAUGUUUUAUUAUAACUGACAUUACAGUUUAAUUAAUAUUUAGACUAAGUUCCUAAUUUUAUGUGUUGAACAAAGACUUUCUUUUUUAUUAUAUAUAUCCAUCCAUCCAUCAUUACAAAAUCGACAUGUUUUAGGUCUUUGUUGUUUAUUUUGUUGUUGCUUUAGACAGACAACACCUCUUAAGUCUUUGUUUUUUUAGUAGUAUAUGUACAACAGUUAUUAGUAUGGUUGUGAGGGUCCAGCUUUGCAGUAUUCUGUUGAAACUCAACUUACCUCAGAGGGCAGAACAACACAGUAGUUGCAGUCAUUUUGCAGGGGGGUAAUAAAAAAGAGAUACAUGGCUGUCAAACAGCUAAAUGACUAAGUAACACUCAACACUGACAAUCACAGGCUUCUCUGUACUAUAAUGGAUUGUUAACUGUGUAUCGUGUAAGUGUGAACUGAACAUGUAUGGCAAGUCUUUUCCAGUUGUUUGUGUGCUAUUAUUCAUGGAUGGCACACCUUGUUUGUGUGUAUGUGUGUGUGUGUGUGUUUGCACAAUUGCUAGAAAAGGAGAGAGUUGAGUUUGAUGUGCAUAAUCCAAAUAUGAAUGUUAUAUGCUUAUCUGUUGUACGACUGCAUUGCCUGAUCUUUUCUGCUGUCUUUUGUUACUCUUUGUUAUAUAAAAAUUAAACUGCUGUUAACCUUU